UUAGUGGCUUUGUCUUUUUCCUUCCGGGUUGUCCGUUGUUGUAUCGUAGUCAGACUGCUGUGUGGACGUGCUAAGUUUUUAUGAGUAAACAUUUCUUUGAAGUGCUGGUGACUUCGUUCCUAUGUUAUUCUAAUCAUGUUGAUUUUUUCUAUACUAUGUUUGCUGUUUUUCAUGGGAAAUACAUUUGUCUUAACACGAGGUUGUGACACUGGUUGGUUUGGAGAUAAAUGUCAAUAUAAAUGCCAUUGCGAGAGUACGUGUGAUAUUUCAGGAGACUGUGUUGAUAAUAAAUGUAGUCCUGGAUGGUUUGGUUACAAGUGUCAAUAUCGUGAUCUGGUGCAUUUGUCGAAGAAUAACAUCAAUAAAAACAGAGGCAACAUAGACACUAAAACUUGCAUAGAAUUAGAUAGUAAUAACGAUAAUAUCACACUCCAGUGGGACGACUUGUACGUUUUUACUUGGCUGAGAAUAGCCCUUGGACAGGAGAUUUCAGAAUUAAUCACUGAUCUACAAAUUCUGUUUCGACGAGACAUAAACAAAACUGUGAGUUAUGUCCCUUGCCAGAAUAAGCUCUUCUACGUUAUAAAACCACAGACGAUCGACGUUAGGUGUGAUUUUAAUGGAACUUUCAAAGAGCUGGUAUUAAAAGGAAAGACAAUCCAGUGGAUUUGUACUUUAAAUAUUAACGGAGGUCGCAAUGUCGCCUUAAAACAAAACACAACUCAAUCAGGUACGUAUACUGAUAGAUCGCACACAGAAGAAUAUUCCAACAGUUCUAACGCAGUGGAUGGGAAAGCUCUUUACAGUUUCAAAGAGAAAAGUUGUGCUCACCCUUAUUCUGGUAACAGGAAACAAUUUUGGAGUGUCAAGUUUCCUCACCGUGUUGUUACGGGAUAUGUUCUCUAUGACCGACAAGACGGGGCCGAGAAUUUGAAUGGAUUCAAAUUAACUGCUUCCACUGGGAAUGAAAUACAAUUUGAAUAUAUAGACGAGAAACUAAAACUACCAAAGAGAAUUUAUACAAUCCCUCAUCCACAUAAAAGUCCUGUUUCUAAUGUAACAAUAUAUAGAGAUGGUACACUAAAUGUUUGUGAAGUCGAGGUUUAUGGAGAAUGUCCUCCAGGAACAUGGGGAUUAAAUUGCUCUCAGUGCACGGCACAAUGCCCUCACAAUUGCCAAGUGGAUGAUGGAAGCUGUGAAAUAUUAUGUCCAGGUUUUAGUAACCCACCUUUUUGCAAUCAGACAUGUGACAGCGGAUGGUUUGGAGAUGGAUGCAAAUACAAAUGUCAUUGUGAAGAUAAAUGUGACACUUCAGGAUAUUGCACAAACAACAUGUGUAGUGACGGAUGGUUUGGUUACAAGUGUCAAUAUCGUGAUCUCAUGUACUUGGUAAGCCUUGAAGCCAAUAGAGUAAUAUUUGACAACAAUGAUGACACUUGUAUAACAUCCAAGCCUGAUUCUAUCAUAUUACGUUGGAAUGAGGCUUACGUCUUCACUUGGCUUAGAAUAGUCGUCAAAAAUGAAACAUUUAUUACUGACCUAAAAAUUCAGUUUCAAAAGAAUGAGAAACAAAGUACUCAAUUCCUAGCCUGUCAGAAUCAACGAUUGUAUUUAGUCGAUUCUAAAACGAUGGACAUUUGGUGUGACUUAAACGACACAUUUCAUCAACUGACACUAACAGGGAAAGCCAUACUCUCACUGUGCACUUUAAAUGUCAAUGGAGGUCGCAAUGUUGCUUUAAAACAGAACACAUCGCAGUCAGGAACCUAUAGUAGUGCAAGGAGCAAGGAAGACGCUGCACAAAGCUCUAACGCUGUAGAUGGGAAAUUAGAUGCCAAGUAUUUUACGUUUAAAGAAAAGAGCUGUGCACACACUGCUGUUGGCGACAAAAACCCAUUUUGGAGUGUUCAGUUUCUUCCUCAUCUGAUCACAGAAUAUGUUUUAUAUGACAGGAGAGAUCACAAGGUUGAAAAUUUGAUUGGAUUCACUUUAACUACUUUUCCGAAGACUGAUAAAUCAUUUUAUUUUAAAGACAAAAAUGUAGCAGUUGAAAAGAAAAUUUAUCGAUUGUUAGAUCCAAGAAAGAAUAUAGUUUCGAAUGUAACAAUAACUAGGAAAAAUUACCUAAAUAUUUGCGAAGUUGAAAUUUAUGGGGAGUGUCCAACUGGGACCUGGGGAUUAGCCUGUACUAAUUGCUCUCAAGACUGCCCUAAUGAAUGUCACGUGGAAGAUGGACGAUGUGUCAAUUUAUGUCUGGGUUUUACUAAUCCUCCAUCUUGUGAUCAACCAUGUGAAAAAACAGAGUAUGGUAUUAACUGCACUAAGCAUUGCUCCGACAACUGCACAAACAACGAAUGUGACUCUCAAACUGGUGAAUGUCUUGAAUGUAGUGGAAAUGGAACUUACUCGGGAACUUGUGAUAAACGAUGUGACAAUAGCUACUGGGGUGAGUUUUGUAACGAAAGUUGUAGUCUAAAUUGUGCUAACCAAACUUGUGACCAAGAGACAGGGGACUGUUAUGGAGGCUGUAAUGAAGGAUACAAACCACCAGACUGUAUGGAAUUACUCAUCAAACGGUCAGAGGUCAGAUGUCCCCAUCAGAAGCCUACUAUUCAUGGUAUGACAGACAUAGAUAUUACUCCUCCUGUGUCUUCAAAAUGCGCUACGCCUCUGGUGACUACAUCCUCCAGUCUGCUUCAAAUAUUGCACCUCAACGUCCAGUCAUACAGUAACAAAAGUCUUGAGCUUGCAGACACCAUCACUGACGAUAGCUAUGACAUCGCUUUCCUUAGUGAGACAUGGUUUGAAAAGUCGGAGAUGAGCCAAGAACCACUGAGCUAA